CGGAGGGUGAGAUAGUUACAUGCUUCAAAUUAACAAAUGGCGAUUGAAGACUGCGUAACGAUUUGGAUUAAUGAAAAGCUUACAGGUGAAUCUCCUGUAUUCUCAGAUCAUUGCAUUUUCAAAGUGCCAAAGGAACUACGGAGCGUGAAUGAAGAGGCAUAUGAACCGCAACUAAUUGCAAUUGGUCCUUAUCACCAUGGAAAAGAUCAUUUACUUGCCAUGGAAGAUCACAAAAUACGGUAUCUUCAAAGCCUCCUUCAACGAAGUGCUCAGAAAGAUGUGUCAAGGUAUGUGCAGACCAUAAGAAGUUUGGAAGAAAGAGCUCGUAAAUGUUAUGCAGAGCCUUUAAGCUUUGACCAUGAUGAAUUCGUUGAAAUGAUGCUUAUUGAUGGUUGCUUUAUUAUUGAGUUUAUAUGCAAAUUGAAACAAAAUGAUAAAGAAGACCCUCUUUUAAGAUCUAAUCAUAUGUUGACUAGAUGCAAGCUGGACCUGCUAUUGCUUGAAAAUCAACUUCCAUUCUUCAUACUACGGGAGUUGCUUGUCACAAGCAAUGUGAUUCCGGACCAAGAAAGCACCUUCAUUGCAGUGAUUUUGAAAACCUAUGAAAGUUUUCUACUAGGCCCAUUGUGUAAUUCAAGUCGCGCAUACACUCCAGAAAAUAUUAUACAAAUCAAGAACCUACUGGGAUUAUUGCACGACCACUGGCAACCUUCCCCUGCAAGACUAGAGGCUCAUAAGAAAAUGGGACAAGCCAAGGAAAGAUGUUUUACGCGCUGUGCCACAGAGCUCAAAGAUGCCGGGAUUAAGUUUAAGAGUGCUGUUGAGAGAAAUAACUUGUUCGAUAUAGAUUUUGUAAACAACACAAUUAAAAUCCCAGAAAUACGAAUUGAAGAUAACACAGAGUGUGUCUUGCGAAAUCUCAUAGCCUACGAGCAGUUGACCUCUUCCACGAGUCCAAAAUACUUCACUGAUUACAUGGUAUUCAUGGAUAGGCUCAUCAAUUCUAAAAGGGAUGUGGAGCUACUUUGUCCCCAGGGGAUCAUUGAUAACUGGAAGGGAGACGAUGAAAGCAUUGCUAUUCUAUUCAACAAGCUUGGGGAACAAGUCUUCUAUGGAGGGAAUCUCUACACGGAUAUAGUGAACAAUAUAAACGAGCAUUGCAAGAAACGAAGGAAUCUGUGGAUGGCCAAGUUUAGGCACGAUUAUUUUCAAAGCCCAUGGUCUUUCAUUUCUGUUUUGGCUGCUAUCAUGCUACUCCUUCUCGCUAUGACUCAAACUGUUUAUUCAGUUCUUUCUUAUUAUAAGUAAAUUGUCAAUGUAACUUAUUCAUUUUGUUGUGGCAUUUGUUU